AGGCAGUCCAUCUUCUAGUACAACACCUGCGGCAGGAGCGCCUGUAGCUGCAUCUUCGACGGUGGAACCUCCUAGCUCGACUGCAGCAGCAGUGAAGAGUAGUACGGCAAGCGUUGCUGCAGAAAGUUCAACAUCCGGUACUGCAGCAUCGAAUGUCACUGGGUCAGAUUCAAGCACAUCAGCCGAUACUUCUGCAGCAGGAGGAGGACAGCCGUCAACGUCAACAACGCAGGAGCCGUCAUCGUCGACAGAGGCAAUAAGCACUUCUUCAGCUGCAGCGGCGUUAACAUCUUCCUCAAGUACUACGGUUCAACCAGCUACAGGAGGAACAACUACCGACGCAGCGACUCCGAGUUCAACCGUCGGAGCUGCAGCUGCAACGGUCAUGCCUACAUCAUCAACCUCAGGUGCGCCAGCGCAGUCGACUUCAGCAGCGCCAGUUAGAGCAUCAACAGCAGCUGUGACUGUGAGCAGCACCGUGUCUGUAGCAGCAAAUUCCCACGUUGUAUCGAGCAGUAGUACAACGGAAAUAAAUCCUAGUACUAGUACAACACAAAAUCCUAGUAGUACAACAGAAAAUCCUAGUAGUACAAGUACUUCGUCGUCGAGCUCAAGCUCAACAAAUGCCACGAAUAAGGUGA